CCAUGAUUUGCAUACAUAUGAGUGUCAAGCCAUCCGGCUUGCACCUUGAUUCAUUUCCUUGGCCUGCUUGUGAGAACUUAAUCACCGGAUAAGAAUUCAUCGUGAGAUUUAAUUUUGACGUUCCCCCCCUUAGAGAUGGACGAAGGCGACGAUGACGAAACCUACAGAGUGGGCGAAAGCCUGGGACUCCGAGAUACGGGGAGCAACCGGAAUACCAAGCCGGAAUACAACACCGACGGGAGCCACGAACUCACAGUGACUGUCACGGCCCAGCCCCCUCCGCCGAAGGCCGAGCAUCGGAUGACGGGAAACCAGCAGUUCAUCAUGUCCGACGGCGGGGAGUCGUGGAAGGGCUACGAUCAGCGGCACAAAGAUCAUGAAGAUAUGCUGCCUGUGGGGAUGCAGGAGCUUCUGGAGGUCCCAACGACCUCAGGGGUAAACGGGGAGGUCGGGGGGACGGCCAAUUCGAUCCAGGCCGGUUCCAUUCAGCUGAGUCCCCAGCAGCAAUAUCAGCUGGUGUCAUCUGUCAUCUGGCAGGGCUCUAACGCCCUUAUAGUCCAGGAUGGAAGGCUUCAGGUGAAUGGGAGCGAGAAUGGAGGAGCAAUGUACACUGCCAUUCCAGUCCAGGCACAGGCAGUCCCCACAUCCCAACCGAGUGCUACCUCCAUCCCUAACGAGAAAUCCAAGCUGAAGGCCUCCCGCAAGAAGAAGACCGUCUCGGAACUCAAGGCCGAGGGCUUCGAUCCCUGCAAGCUUGAGGAUAAUCCUGCUCAGGUGCAACAUGUGGAAGAGCGUUUCGGUCGCGGGUGUGAAUGUCAGGAAGAGAAUUGCUUCCGGGGUCUGAACGCCGAUUUCGUGUACCGGCACCGGCUGAACAUAGCCGAACUGUCCAAGGCGGAGCACGACAUGUAUCUGAUGGGUGUGACCAUGGCCUGUCUCCAGAAUCCCGAGGAGACCGUGAGGCACAAGGAACGCAAGCGCUUGCGCGCCCAGUACGUCUUUCAUGGCAAGAAGGUCUGCCUGGAUGCCUUCCUCUACCUUGAAAACACAACUCAUUACCAGGUGAAGAGGAUUCGUAAACACGUGAUGACCCACGGGGUGACGGCCCGCGUCCACGGGAACCACGGCAAGAAGCCGCACAACACGUUCUCCCUCGACAGUUACCAGCACGCCACGGCCUUCCUGCAGACCUACGUCCAGCGCCAUCUCCCACCUGGUAGGGCUCCAGUCACACCCAAGUCCAAGCUCAAGGGCAAACUCUCCCCGAUCUACCUGCCGUCGGACAUCACCCGGAAGAAGAUCCACGCCGCGUACAAGGAGUACUGCGAACACUUUGAGCCUGCGGUGAAGGUCAUGGGCUACUCCACGUUCCGCUACUUCAUGAAAGACCAGUUCCCUCACGUCAGAUUUCUCCGACUGGAAGCGACGGUGAAGCGAGACGUAGAUCCCGGCGGCAAGACGAAACAGAAUAGCAACGACGUCAAAGCGGACUCGAAUCCCGUCGACGUGUCGGACCCGGUCGGAACGAAUUCCUUCGCCGCGCAGACCAACUACGUCAUGGCGGCAGUGACGGCACCGGCAGUCACCCAGAACGUGGUGCCCUUGACUCCCGCGACGAAUGUCGCCCCGACGCUCUACACUUACACCGCGACGCCGUUGACGGGACACACGUACGUGUUGACGCCUGUUCCGCCUGCGGCGACUGCACCUCUUCACCCGCCCCCACCAUAUUCGUCGUGUCAGAUCCCCGAGCAGACGGAUCCGAUUCUGGAACACCUACCUCCGAUGCGCACCACUCCUCCUCCGCGACCUCCCACUCCUCCGACCAGGACCCAGGAUGCCCAGACAUGGAUGUAACUCGUUCCCGUUCGUUCUCCCGGAACGACAGCUCCGCCCUCCCUUCACCCAUACGACCGUAUUCUCCGUCGGCAACUGCCCGAGUCAUCCGACUCUGGAUGGAAGGCACUGUUUAUGCAGCCCAUUUGUUCUGGGUCCUUUAUUAUUAUUUGCAUCUCCUCUUCCUCCACAACCAUCCUCUCAGGACCCAGGAUGCCCACAAAUGCAAUCCAAUUUGACUGU